GCAGCGCGGAGUCCCUGCCCGGGACACAAGAUGGCGGCAGCGGCGCUGGGGAGGGCGAGGCGGAGGCGGCAAAACGGGCGGUCGAGCAGAACGUGUAGCCCCGUCCCCUCGACUCCGCUCCGGGCAGCGGCUGAUGCAAGGAAUCCCCUGUGCCCCCGUCCACUCCACUGCUGACCAGCCCACCCACCGUGCUGAGCCUUCCUGCAGGCCUCCCCUCUGCCUCUGUGGGACCCUGUGACGUGGGGGUCCAUCCAGCUGGAGAAGAAAACCCUCUCAUGCUAGCGUUGCAGACCCCAGAGGGUGAGAGAAAGGGGGAUCUCAUUCAACCUUGAAACCUAUGGGCCUGGCCCCCAAGGCACCAGGAAUUCCUCCUCCCCAGAGAACCAAGGAGAACCAAGGCAGCUCUGGCUUUUUCGUCCCUUGGUCCCGUGUGGGUGCUGAGAUGGCCAAUGAGAAUCACGGCAGCCCCCGGGAGGAAGCGUCCCUGCUGAGUCACUCCCCGGGCACUUCCAAUCAGAGCCAGCCCUGUUCUCCAAAGCCAAUCCGCCUGGUGCAGGACCUCCCAGAGGAACUGGUGCAUGCGGGCUGGGAGAAGUGCUGGAGCCGGAGGGAGAACCGCCCCUACUACUUCAACCGAUUCACCAACCAGUCCCUGUGGGAGAUGCCCGUGCUGGGCCAGCAUGAUGUGAUUUCGGACCCUUUGGGGCUGAAUGCGACCCCACUGCCCCAAGACUCGAGCUUGGUGGAAACCCCCCCGCCUGAGAACAAGCCCAGAAAGCGGCAGCUCUCGGAAGAGCAGCCAAGCGGCAAUGGUGUGAAGAAGCCCAAGAUCGAAAUUCCUGUGACACCCACGGGCCAGUCAGUGCCCAGCUCCCCCAGCGUCCCAGGAACCCCAACACUGAAGAUUUGGGGUACAUCCCCUGAAGAUAAACAGCAGGCAGCUCUCCUCCGACCCACUGAGGUCUACUGGGACCUGGACAUCCAGACCAAUGCUGUCAUCAAGCACCGGGGGCCCUCGGAGGUGCUGCCCCCUCAUCCCGAAGUGGAGCUGCUCCGCUCUCAGCUCAUCCUGAAGCUUCGGCAGCACUACCGCGAGCUGUGUCAGCAGCGAGAGGGCAUUGAGCCGCCUCGGGAAUCUUUCAACCGCUGGAUGCUGGAACGCAAGGUGGUGGACAAAGGCUCUGACCCUCUGUUGCCGAGCAACUGUGAACCAGUUGUGUCACCUUCCAUGUUUCGUGAAAUCAUGAAUGACAUUCCUAUCAGGUUAUCCCGAAUCAAGUUCCGGGAGGAAGCCAAGCGCCUGCUCUUUAAAUAUGCAGAGGCUGCCAGGCGGCUCAUCGAGUCCAGGAGUGCAUCGCCCGACAGCAGGAAGGUGGUCAAGUGGAAUGUGGAAGACACCUUCAGCUGGCUCCGGAAGGACCACUCAGCCUCCAAGGAGGACUACAUGGAUCGCCUGGAGCACCUUCGGAGGCAGUGUGGUCCCCACGUCUCAGCUGCAGCCAAGGACUCCGUGGAAGGCAUCUGCAGCAAGAUCUACCACAUCUCCCUGGAGUACGUCAAACGGAUCCGAGAGAAGCACCUUGCCAUCCUCAAGGAAAACAACAUCCCAGAGGAGGUGGAAGCCCCCGAGGUGGAGCCCCGCCUGGUGUACUGCUACCCAGUGCGGCUGGCUGUGUCUGCACCCCCCAUGCCUAGCGUGGAGAUGCACGUGGAGAACAACGUGGUCUGCAUCCGGUAUAAGGGAGAGAUGGUCAAGGUCAGCCGCAACUACUUCAGCAAGCUGUGGCUCCUUUACCGCUACAGCUGCAUUGAUGACUCUGCCUUUGAGAGGUUCCUGCCCCGGGUCUGGUGCCUUCUCCGACGGUACCAGAUGAUGUUCGGCGUAGGCCUCUAUGAGGGGACUGGCCUGCAGGGAUCCCUGCCUGUGCACGUCUUUGAGGCCCUCCACCGGCUCUUCGGCGUCAGCUUCGAGUGCUUCGCCUCACCCCUCAACUGCUACUUCCGCCAGUACUGUUCUGCCUUCCCCGACACAGACGGCUACUUUGGUUCCCGAGGGCCCUGCCUAGACUUCGCCCCACUGAGUGGUUCCUUUGAGGCCAACCCUCCAUUCUGCGAGGAGCUCAUGGAUGCUAUGGUCUCUCACUUCGAGAAACUGCUCGAGGGCUCACCGGAGCCCCUGUCUUUCAUUGUGUUCAUCCCUGAGUGGCGGGAACCCCCCACACCAGCGCUCACCCGCAUGGAGCAGAGCCGCUUCAAACGCCACCAGCUGGUCCUGCCUGCCUUCGAGCACGAGUACCGCAGUGGCUCCCAGCACAUCUGCAAGAAGGAGGAAAUGCACUACAAGGCUGUCCACAACACAGCCGUGCUCUUCCUGCAGAACGACCCUGGCUUUGCCAAGUGGGGGCCGACGCCUGAGCGGCUGCAGGAGCUGAGCGCCGCGUACCGGCAGUCGGGCCGCAGCCAUGGCUCUGGCUCUUCCUCAUCAUCCUCCUCGGAGGCCAAGGACCGGGACUCUGGCCGUGAGCAGGGCCCUAGCCGCGAGUCUCACCCCACUUAACACAUCCUGCGGGGAGGAGGAGCCCCAGGGGUGCUGGUACGGACUGCUGGGACUUGGGCCUGUGGGAACUGA